CAAUAGGUCUGACCCUCGUUGAUGGCAUUUUCGGUGUGAUACUGCAACUGAUCCUCUGCAGCUUUUCUCUCUGCUGGUGAUGCAAUUCAGACCCAUGGACCGGCCCCAGGGCAACGCAUUACAUAAGCACUAUUAAUCACAUGAUGUACGCAUUCCCAUCUGCGCGACGCGAACAAAACAAUUUGAGUUCUGGGGACAAAGCUGGGGUGCGCUGUGUCCUUUGUCUCAACGCUCUGCAUAGUCGGACAUACUAUUUUGCUGGAUUUCUUGGGUUUUGUCUUUUCUAGCAUUGGACACUGCGGAUCUUUGUUCUACCGUCACCUUUGCGUCCCGCAAUGCAUGAUUUCGUUUUCCGCCUCCAUGACCGAUCUGCGAAAAACGCGCCUUAGGUCGCGGACUUUUCGAUGCCUCCGAAUCCCCCUCAGCGUAAAGCUUUAUCCUUUGAAAACCCGUCGCUUUCAGACGAAGAUGUCGGCCUCUUGUAUCAGAUCGUUAUCCGCGCGGAGCUGGAUCCGGACGCCAACCGACUUCCCUUCAGGGCGUUGUUCAAAGCGUACGAUGAGGUCAUUGCCGAGCAUGAAGUGGACGCGGAUCCAGGCCAUGCCUGUCUGCGCUUCCUCUUCAAGAUGGGAAGCAAAGAAGUCGUAGGCGAUUCUCUCUUCGAAAAGUUCGAGAAUCUGCUUCGCCAAAUGGGUAUUGUCAUUGAAUUCGGUGGCGAUGAUACCUUUACCGAAACGAAUGAUACAUAUGAGGACAAAGAACCCUCAAUUGAAGGGUUGCGCAAUAGGAGGGUUGAUCGCGAUACGACGUCAAGAGAGGAUACCACACAGACAAGGCGCCGUAGGCGAGCAUCCUUCAACUCUAUGUACGAUGUUGGUGAAGACAUUACGCAAAGAAGCUUCGCCAACCGCCCGAGCUCGCGUUCCUCCAUGUCGCGUCUGCAGACAGGGAAGACUGAAUUCCCUGAGCCGACACCGGCGCGGGGCGAGAAACAACGGAUCUCUCCUGACAGGACUCAAUUAAUGGCUCAGUUUGUGGACGUUGGGCGAAAGUUGAUGCGCCGAAUGGAGGAGCUGGCUUCUAAGGAGGAGAGGCGGGAUAGAACACCAGCUUUUGUUGGCAAAGAUGCCAGAUCUGCGGUUGACCGAGACCGUUCUGAGAGAAUGGCAGAAGCCUCGCGAUCAAAGUCACGGUCCCGGCCUGCCCGCGCCGCCAGCUCCAUAGCCUCGGAUGAAGACAGUGAAGGGUCUACUACAUCCUCGCAGGAGGACGCGCACAACUCUUUCGAGAAGAGGGAAGUACCUCCAGAAAUGCUGUAUAGACCAUCACUCUCCGAUUUGCUGCGCGAUGCUUCGACAUUCAAUAUGUAUCGUCAGCGCGCAAUCGCUCGGCGCAUUCUGACGCAGUGGUUGAAGAAGGCGGUUCAGACGCAACAGACACACCGAAAUAUGGAAGUGGUCGCGGUCAAUCGCGACAGGGUAACCCUCCUACGGCAAGCUUUUGAGACGUGGCGUACAAUUAUCCAAGAUAAACGCCGGGUGGCUCAGACAGAGAAAUUUUUCAAACAUCUCGAAGAGCGUGCUGGACGCGCCAGAGACCUAUAUCUUAUGACCAAAGCUUUCACGCAUUGGGCGCAAAUCGCCUCUGACGAAGUUGCAAAAACGUCAGCUGCGCGACGACAUAUCCUGCGUGUCAAGUAUUUCAACGCUUGGCGUGAAAUCACAGCUGUCAAUGAGCUGAAAGCUCAGCGAUUCGCGCUGCGAAGACCCUUUAAUGCCUGGCGAAGCAAGGCUCGAGAAGCAAAGGAAAUGGAGCAAAAAGCGGUGGCAGUCCAUAACAAAAAACUGACACAUGCGGUCUACUGGCAAUGGUUCUGGAGUUUCUGUGAUCGGCGGGCACCCCAGUGGUACGAUCAUCGCCUCAAGCGACGUUCCUUGCUUUACUGGCUGCGAAAGUUCCGCAUGAAUAGGGAGCGUAUUCAAGAAAUAGACGCGAAGAAUAAGCAUACUGCUACUGCGACAGCUUGGCAGCUAUGGCAUCAGAGAUCUGAAGCUAUUGCUGCUGCAGAAAAGGACGCUAUAUCCAUGGAUCGAAAGCAAGUCCUGCAGGAAAAGCUCGAGGAAUGGAGAGUCGAGGCUCGAUUACGCCCAAUUGCUUCUCGCGUCUCCGCCACGAUAGAUAGAAAUAUUACCCAAACGGCAUUCUCGCAGUGGGCCAAACGGCUCCGAAUGCUCAGAGAAGCAAAAGAAGUGGAUCGACUGAGGGUUAUGCGCAAUGCAUGGACCGCUUGGAAUGAUCUACUUCGAUGUCAGGCUCUGACUGCGCGGAUAGAAGAGCGCAUGAAGAUGGAAAUCAUGUACAAAUGGAUCCUCGCAGAGCGAUUUCGGUUGAUGCAAAGGAUCCGUGAUCAACGAAUCACGCGCGAUGUGUUCUCUCGGUUUGUGACAAACGUGCGUGACACUUAUACACGUCUCUUGCAGCAUGCCGAUGUACAUGAGGAGUACCGUAACGAAGAACUUCUCCGAUCAAAAUUCAUCUGUUGGCGGGAACAGCUUGCGCUUCAGCGCCAACGCGAAGUGGCUGCGGCUGAAUUCUAUGCGCCACGCCUUCAGCAGGAAUCGCUCGUGGCCUGGCGCUCGAAACACCAACACAUGACGAAAUUGGAGGGGUGGGCUCGCGACGCAAGGUAUUACUUCCUAGCGACCCGAACGAUCAAAAAGUGGCACAAGGCUACAUUGGACUCUGCCAAGCGUCGUCGUCAGGAAGCCUAUGCCAAGAUCCGGCGAAAGAUCAAGAUCAAUCUUGCCCUCAAUGCGCUAACGCACUGGCAAUCGAGAGCUCAGCAUGUAGCAGAAUUGGAGCAGCAAGCCAUAGCCCUUUGUCGGAGCAAGACUUUGGUUAUCGCAGCAGAAUAUGUGGAGACAUGGCGCGACUCGACAGAUAAAAGAGUACAGGACUGCGAAGAAGCAGACAUCUUGUACGCCCGCCAGAUUGCUCGAGGUCAUCUGGCACGCUGGAGGGAAUCAUCCGCCAAGUAUCGCGACCUGAAGCAACAAGCGAACGACGUUUACCGCCUGCACGGCUUGGGUCGCGCAAACGGUCAGCUCCGCAAACUCAGCCUUCGCGUCUUCCAGAUCAAGAGCUCUUUCGAAACUGCGAAUUCUAUGCAUGAACGCAAUUUGAGAAAACAUGCAAGAAGCAUGUUCCGCCAUUGGUUAGAGAAGGCCAGGAUGAGACUUGAAGCCCGAGACAUUCCGGGUCCAUUGAAAACUCCUGCAAGAGCCUUUGACGGUGCACUCACGAACGGGACAGACGAGGUCAUUUUUGAUCCUUGGUAUCGAAAUGAGACUCCAUUCAAGCUCAGCGAUUUCCGUACCGAGUCUCAAGUACCCUCAGCAACUCCGCUUACCACCCCUAACUACAUGAUGUCUCCGUCCAAGCGAGCCGCGCGAGCCAAAGCGCUCACGCAAAUUUCUACAACCCCUGCGACGCCUCUGUAUACGCCGUUUGCCAGUCGAUUGUUGCGUGCCGAGGGUAUGGGCACGCGGACUGGUUCAAGCUUCCGGAAUCGCAAUAGCCGGGGCAACGGCUUAGGCACAAGUGUGCGAUUUGUCGAUCAACCCCCUGAGUCGCCGACUGACGGUCGAGGCUCGGGGAAUCGACGUCCUUGAGAUAUUAUCUGCUUAUCUGCUUCUGAAGAAGUUGGCGCUUUUGUUCGUGUAUAUGCUUUCCUUUUUGAUUCGUUUCGCAAUUGGUGCAUUAUUGGAUGAGCAUAUCGAUACCUUGUUGCAUGUUCGCGUGGCGUGUGGUCAAGUGCAUCAUGGGUUUUUGGGUAUUUAUAUCGACGUAAACCACUGUUGAUUUUGGAUAUAUGUACUAUGAGUGAUACACGACCAAGCGAUUCUGUGAUGAGUAACGCAAUUAAGUGCAGACGGUGUUUAUCUGCUUCUUGGACAUUUUGGAUGCCAUGGCUUUCAGAGUUUCAAGCACUGGAUCAUUAGUUGCCAAAGAUAGUGGUGCCAGAUUCAUUCACUGUCUUCCAUCUAUGGGCUUGAUUCUGCGGCCAUCACAGGCUCCUUCCUCUAUAUAAACAACAAGCACAUGAGACUCAACUCUUACUCUUGCUUUCCCUUAAU